AAUGGUGGUGACAUAGAUUUGGAACAAAGACAGCAGACCCAAGUCAAGCACUCUGAAGUAGCUAUGAAGCCAGGGGACGAGCCUUUUGCCCCAUCUUUCCUGCGCCAUCCUCUUGAAGGGGAGCUUCAGUUAAGCACAUCACCACUUCAGGCAGACAGUGGGGACCGAAGUCUUGGAACACGACGAACAUUGCGGGAAAGAAUACAACACCGUCUGCCUAAAAGGAAACAAAAGCGGACACGUCAAGAGCGACAGCAACAAGAACAGAGACAACCGCCUUCAACACCGCCACCAAAUUUGCCAUGUACCCAACAACAGGAACGAGCUUCAGCUAGUUCUCUCCCUGUCCACACUGAUGUACAAUGCGAUGGGUGUGGGUCAAAUCCCCUCACAGGCGUGCGUUUCAAGUGCCCGGUGUGUCCAGACUUCGACCUGUGUGCGGACUGCCAGGACCUGAAACUACACCCGCAUUACGACCAGAUGGUGGCGAUUGUUUGGCCGGAGGAUAUUCACACGUUGAAUAUCACUGCCGCCUCCUCCAACGCAGAGGCAAGUAGCACAGUGGUGCAUAAUGUGACGUGUGACGGCUGCAAAUUCUACCCACUGGCCGGCACCAGGUACAAGUGCACGGUGUGUCCUUGCUUCAACUUGUGUGAGGCUUGUGAGAAGAAGAAACAGCAUCCACCCGCGCACCCGUUCAAGAUUUAUGAGAGGCGCGUUACUGAUGCUGAAAAUAUGGUGGAUCUGUUUGAUGACCUAACGCAGUUGGUGGCCACGGCAGCCACAACAGUGUCAGGUUACCCUGUGCAUCCCGGUACAAAGUGCAAUACCUGUGCUUCCAGCCCUAUCAGAGGCGUAUGUUUCAAAUGUACACAGUGCAAAGAUUUCUGCCUGUGUCAUGACUGCUAUGAGGCCGGGACAGGCCAUGAACACGAGAUGAAAGCCGUGGUGUCAGAGACACAGGAACUGCAGGAAGAACUGAACAGGUCGAUGUCGAGCAUGCGCAGUAUGGAGGAAGAACUGAGCUCCUUCCGUGACAAGUGCUUGUGUCCCAUCUGCUUGGACCGCUACAAGGAUCUGGCCUUCCAGUGCGGCCAUCAGACGUGCCAAGAUUGUAGCCAACAGCUUAGAGAAUGUCCCGUGUGUAGGAGGGAGAUCAAAAAGAGGAUACGACUCUUUCAUUAACUUAUUAAACCCUGAGUUUUUUUCACCGUUCGCCAGAGUUUUUUUCUACAGUCACCUUGGUGCACUAUGUCUCAUUAUAACCCCAAAGGUUUGCCCCCAACUUCUAAAUUCUAAAGGGCAGAAACAAAGGCUAAGUCAUUAUUAAAAAACUUGGUUUGUGAAUAGUUCCGAAAAACAAGUAAAAACUAGCUCUAAAUAAAACAAGACAGUUGUCACAAUAGUAUUAGACGCUCCCAAAGUCCGAUGAUGAACAGGGUUAUUACCACCGGACGCUCCCAGCGUCUGAUGGGGUUGAAAGAAUUAAAGCAAUUACUAUAUCGUGGCGAAAUCGGGCUCUUCUCAAGUUUAGGAAUUCGAAGAAAUUGGCAUUGUCCCACCGGUUUGGCCAUGUUUAACGAUUCUUUAAAUUUUUGGGCUCAACAUUAUUUAAAAAUACAUUUCUAGUUGGAUUUCCCCCAAAAAAUGCUUACCAAAGAUGACAAUAAUGUAUUUGUAGUUUUCAGGUACACUUAAGAUUUGGAAGUCACCAAAUUUUGGCGGCCAUUUUCCCCCUAAUUUUCCCCCUGAUACUAAGCGAUCCGCACCUCCUUCAAUUGCAAAUAUUUCGACUUCUAUUGUGGAUAGAUGGGUAUUUCCUGAAUAAAAAAAGAACAAGAAAAA